CCAACCCUUGGGUAAACAAACCUUGAAAAACAAAACAAAAAAAAACUUAGAUGCAACGUAAAAAUUCUAAACAUUCUGACUUUAGAACGUUCGUGCGCUUUGUUUUCGUAAAGCCGCCUCGUUUAAAAUCGCGUUGACUUGGUGCAAGGCACGGUACAUUCCGAGGUCGCCUUACCCGAAUUUCCCGUCCUGUGACUCGGGGAAAAACAUCCUCCGUUUAUCUACCACAGUUUAAUUUCCGAAUACAACUCCAGGAGCCGCUAACCUCGUUUUUAAGCGCGCUUUGUCGCGUUUGGUGCCCUCGCGGUCGCCUUCAUUUCCGAGUCAGCACUCCAUGAGUGGAGGGAAGAACCAGCCGUCUCUGGUUCGCCAUCAGGGAGCUCGGUUAUCUCACCGUGUGCGCUCGUUUUCGCUUGCGCCUGCCGUGAAAGCAAAGUUUGCCAUCACAUUUGACAGUUUUUCGGUGUUUGAGGAGCGAACCGGGUGAGUUUUGGAGCGUUCGCGCUCGUCUCUCUCUCGGUGGAGGAGGUGAAUCAGGCUCGCAGCAGCAGCGCAUGGAGGCUAGUAUGGCGGCUCUAGAACAGUCGUCACGCCAGUGAAGCGUCCUCUGUCUCGGCUGUUGCGUUUUUCCAUUGUGACUUGGAACUAAAUGACACGUUUAGAGACCAAAAUGAUUCAUUUCUGAACGAGCGGAUCUCGCUUUUCAUAACUGUGCUUCAACCACCGCGUACUCGGUGAAAUUAAUCGUAUAUUUCUUUCAUUUUUGUUUUUCAAGCCUUUGAAGACCCUGCUGCCAUACGGCUGCUCAAACCGUGCCCUCACCCCGCAUUCCUCGCCACUCGAAAUCGGGGUAAACCACCGAAUUUCUUCACGGUAAGAGGACAAAUGGACGCCGGUUACAAACUAUUUCUAUCAGCGUAUAAUAAGGCUUGAUUUUAGCCGCAUUUUAGGGUUAUUUUUGACGACUGUCGGUUCAGCUUUCACCAGGGCUUUAGGGGGAUUCAGUGCUAGUUAUAGCUGGCUAGCUCCGGUGUAGGUCAAGUCAUAGGUCGGUUUAACAAUGUAACAUUUCUUUUUUCCUCAUUAAACGCAUUUUCAGAUAUCUCUGAGGCUAUCAUUUGUAGCACUUUCACGCGUGGACACAAUGUCGCCGAGGUUAUAAUUUAAUCAGUACAGCAGUUUUAACCAUCAAACAGCACCAAUUAUAUAAUUUAAUGAGGUUUUGAUAUGGAAAACGUUCUUAAGUUUAAACAUACAUUUUAAAUGGACCCUUAUAAAUACUUAAACACUUCAACUUAGAACUCUUUACUCUAAAUUAGAGUCCCGUUACAAAGCUUUUGUUCAUAAAUGCGCUUAAAAUCCACAAAAUAGUUUUCCUGGGCAUUUCUAUCGUAAUAACGCUCCAUUCUGCUCAAACGGGGACUGAUUAUCAUGCCACCCACUUUAUUUAGUAACAUUUCAUGGUGGUGGUAAAAAAUGCCCUUCAGCUAGGGUCUAUUUUAAAGCUGGACUCUGCUGGAUCACGCGCCGCCAUUACACAUUCGGCGCCGCCUCGCCCUGGAAAAAGAGUCGUGCCAUUUUGUGACUAAUUCAGUCGGCGCACUCGUUCGCUAAACGACAUCAGAUUAUGACUAGCCCUUCACACUCAAGCAUUUUAAAACGGUCUCUAUGCAUCAAAGGUGGCGACGCAGAACGCGUCCGUGGCGGAAGCGAAGCCCCGCGCCCCGUCGGUCUGGAGGCAGACUCUGGUGCUGCAUGCUGUAGCAGUCACUCAUGAUGAUCCCUGGCUGUGUUUCCCCCUCGCUCUCGACGCAGACCGAAAGCAGAUCCCGAUCCGUGGUCAGCUGGUCCGUCUACAGGCAGCCGCCUGCCUAUCGCCCAAAACGCUGCUUCCUCCUCCUGUAGUACCUCCCAGUAUCCACUCGUCCGCCGAAAAUAUGCUCCAGUUUCGCCUCGAAAAGCGCGCAGAGAGCAGGAGAAUCCGCCGCAAGUCUUAGUUGUGUAGACAAAAUGGAAGAUUAGACGGAUUGGCUGCUCUUGCUGGUGUCGACUGCAGAGUUAUUUGAGAUUUGAAACCGUCACAAGCAAUGGGCUCUGUCUCACGAUGGAGCGUAAACGCUUAGGGGCGGUGUAAUGAACAUCAAACAUUAUGAGUCGGGCUGGAUUUUAAUUCCAUUCUUCAGGCAGCAAUUCCUGCUUGAGACAUUAAAACAUAUACACGAGUGAUUCCAGACAAUGAAUGGAGAAAUGGACUCCACUGCUAAAGAACCCGUUUGGGAGCAGAAUGACCUGUUGAAGCUGUUGGAUGCCAUGAAGGUGAACCUGCCGGAAAAAGAUCUGGCCAAGUACAAGACGUCCGAGUCCCAUUUGGACUGGGAGAAAGUGGCUUUCAACUCUUACUCUGGGGAGAUGUGCAAACAGAAAUGGCAUGAAGUUUCACGUGAGAUUCGCAAAUUCCGCACCCUUUCCGAGCUGAUUGUGGAUGCACAGGACUACGUCAAAAAUCCAUACAAAGGAAAGAAGCUGAAGAAGCACCCAGACUUCCCCAAAAAGCCGCUGACACCAUAUUUCCGUUUCUUUAUGGAGAAGCGUGCCAAGUACGCUAAACUACAUCCAGAGAUGAGCAACCUAGAUCUCACAAAAAUCCUGUCCAAAAAAUACAAGGAGCUCCCAGAGCGUAAAAAAGACAAAUAUGUGAAAGACUUUCUCAACGAAAAGGAGACUUUCACGCUCAGCAUGAUGAAGUUCAAGCAAGAUCAUCCCGACCUUCUAGAGAACGUUAACAAGAAGUCUAAUGGUCCAGAGAAGCCCAAGACGCCCCAGCAACUGUGGUACUGCCAUGAGAAGAAGGCCUUGCUCAAAGAACACCCAGAUGCGACUACCAAAGACAUCAAGGACCGUCUUGGCAAGCGGUGGCAACAGCUCUCAGAUAAGAAGAGGAUGAAGUGGAUCACAAAGUCUUUGGAGCAGAAGAAAUUGUAUGAGGAGGAGAUGCGCGAGUAUAUCCAGCAGCACCCGGAGAUGAACAUGACGGAGGAGAACAUCGUCAAAUCCACUCUGACCAAAGCAGAGAGACAGCUCAAGGACAAGUUUGAUGGGCGGCCAGACAAGCCGCCUUCUAAUGGUUACUCUAUGUUCUGUGCUGAGCUGAUGUCCAGUAUGAAAGACGUUCCCAGUACGGAGCGUAUGGUCAUGUGCAGCCAGCAAUGGAAAAACGUCAAACAGAGUGAGAAAGAUGCCUACCAAAAGCGCUGUGAGCAGAAAAAGAAAGAAUAUGAAGUUGAGAUGAAUCGUUACUUGUUAAGUAUCUCAGAGGAGGAACAGCAGAGAAUCCUGUCAGAACAGAAGAUGGGCAGCUUUAAAAGGGGAGGCGGAGGCGUUAGUCCCGCUUCCAAAAAGAAGAACUCAAAAGCAAAGUCCAGUACAGAGAAGCCCAAGCCUCCUGUCUCUGCCAUGUUUAUUUUCUCUGAGGAGAAGCGCCCAAAACUUCAACAGGAAAGGCCUGAUCUUUCUGACAUGGAGCUCACCAGACUACUGGCCCGCAUGUGGAAUGAGCUUUCUGACAAGAAGAAGGAAAAGUAUAAAAACCUGGAGAUGACGCUGAAGGCAGAGUCUGAAAAACAGAGCAAAGAUGACAAAGGGAAACUACCAGAAACACCCAAAACAGCUCAGGAUAUCUGGCAACAAAGCGUAAUUGGAGACUAUCUUGCCCGAUUCAAGAAUGAUCGCGUGAAAGCUCAGAAAGCCAUGGAGGCCACCUGGAACACCAUGGAGAAGAAAGAAAAGCUCAUGUGGAUCAAGAAGGCAGCAGAGGACCAGAAGAGAUAUGAAAGAGAGCUGAGUGAGAUGCGAUCACCUGCCCCAGUCGUCACCCCUGGGAAGAAAAUGAAAUUUGAUGGUGAACCUAAGAAACCGCCCUCGAACGGUUAUCAGAAGUUUUCUCAGGAGAUGCUGUCAAACGGCGAGCUGAAUCAUCUGCCCAUGAAAGAGCGCAUGGGUGAAAUCGGAGGCCGCUGGCAGCGGCUCCCUCAGAAAGACAAGGACCGUUACAAAAGACUGGCAGAAGAGAAACAGAGGCAGUACAAAGUGCUUCUCGAGCAGUGGCUUGCGAAUAUUUCAUCACAAGAGAGAGCUGCUUAUAAAGAAUAUAAUUCUCUGAAACGGAGGAGCACAUCAAAACCAGGUGCCACCCCUGCUAAAGCGAAACCCAAGCCCAAACAAUUGGAUGAGGAAGAGGAUGACGAUGAUGAUGAUGAUGAAGAAGAAGAGAAGGAAUCUGAUGACGGAUCAUCCUCUGAUGAUGACAGUGAUGAUGAUGAUGAUGACGACGACGAUGAUGAGAAUGAAGAAGACAUGGAGGACGAAGAGGUCGAGGAUAAAGAGAAUAAAUCCGAAAGCAGCAGCAGCGCUUCCAGCUCUGACGAUUCAUCGGGCUCGGACUCGGACUGAGCCCACAGACUGCCAGAAAUGCUGUGAACUGAGCCAUGAGCCGGGGGUCUGAGCCUGCUCUGCACUGCGCUCUUCUCCCCUCAGGAGGGGGCUCACCCCGCUGUCACACAUCUGCGCCACCUCUCACACACUCUUUCCUUCGCAUCUCUUCUGUUCUGUUCUCCCCUGCACUUCUGCUUUUAUUUGUAACUCCCUCUAUGAAUUGGCUCGGCAGGUUUUAAGGCAUUUUAAGCAACGUGUACGAGGAUGUAUGGUCUAAAUUCCUCCCAACACCGAAAAAAGGGUGCAGUGCUCUGCUAUUGGCUUGUAGUAGCUGUGAAGCGUCAUUAGGACGCCCCGUGCUUAUGUUUUAGAGGACAUAGGGAGCACCAGGUGCCAUUUUCUUUUCCGUAAAUGAGCCAAAGAGUCUCUUAGUUUCACAGAUUAUUUCGGGAGGUACAGGGGACCAAAUAAUUGCACUCUGAAGAAUGUUUGCUUUCUUUUCUUCUGUCUGUACCUCUCUCGUUCUUCCUAGUAGCAUUGUUCCUCUCCCUUUUCUGCUCCCUCCAUUUUUGCUCUGGUGUUUGUCUUUGCUUUUUCGGUUCAAAAAAUUGUGGUAUUUUCAGGAAGAAUGAAGCCAUUUUGAAUGUCUCCACAUGGCCCCCGCUGGUCUCGCACGCGGUUCUUGUUCAGCAGGCGUUUGUGUGCUGCCCUUUACCUGCUCCUGAUCAGGGUUUAACGGUGAAAAUGGACUAUUUAUUUUUUGUCCUGUUUUAGGAAUGCUGCCCGUAGCUGUUUCGUGACAGCUGACGGGUUUGAGUUCGCUGUUCAUUCAGAUAAUAAAAAUGACUGAUGUUACAUAACGAAGAGGACUAGUUUAUCAGUUAAUUUUUUGGCAACACAAGCAAUGAAAUAUGCUUGUCUUUAUUUUAUUUUUUAUUUUAUUUUUUUUGUGGAUGGGGCACCAACAUGUUUUUCUUCCAUUUGUUAAUUAUGGUUAUGUUUUGUUUGAAGCUGACUUUUUGUUCCUCUUUCCAACCACUGUUUUAUUUGGUGCUCCAAAGAACUGGUUUUCUUUUUAAAACGGUAUGUUUUAAAUAUGAUGGAUGUGAGUUACCCCACAAUUCAGUGCACUUAUGAUGGAACCCUUGCUCAUAAGCCCUGUGUUUUCUUUCAGUAUUCCUCUUUCUUCAUUACACUCAUUCACCCAUAAUGUCAACCACUUCACAGUUCUUUCAUGCACCAGCUCAAGGAAUGUAAUGGAGAUGUUUUAUUUAAGAGAGGGGUACCGUUAUUUGCUAUGUGUUUAUGUAUAUAUGAGCAGUUUUGAGGGUGACUGGUAUAUUCUCUCAUUCCAAUGCCCUGGCCUGAAUUGGCAACCAAAUUUAGUUAAACCCACAACCCAGCUUCCUCCGCUGAGCUAUCACCUUUUACUCAGUAUUUUUAUUCAGCCUUCAACGUAAUAGGGGCACUGUAAGUGAAAGUGAUUUUCCCUUGAAAUAAAAUUUUGAGCCUUGGUAAUUUGCAUUUAAAGACAAGUGUAUAGUUUGUUGCUGUAAGAACAGCUGGAUGUGUUUUUGCUGUACCAGACGUGUGACCUUUAUUCUAGGCACCCAAAAUAAUCAAGGCCUGUAUCAUGCAAAAAGUUGUGUUCUUUCAGUUUGAAAAACAUAAUUUGGUUAUAGAUGAUUUGAAUGAUGGGCCGGGAUAAGAAACCCAGUGGACCUUUCAAGAUUUGUUGAUAUUUUAUAGGAUUUUGAGACUUGCAAAUAGAUUUGGGUUGGGUUCAGUGCUGUUGUAAGGUAUUUGUACAUAUAGCUUUCUCUCUCUUUUUUUUUUUUUUUCUUUGUAAUGAGUGAACAUUAUUGUGUUUGUAUUUUCUGUUGGCUAAGCAAUAUUCUGCUCUAGCCAAAAUGAGUUUGUUUGUCAAUUGGGGACAUGUUUUUAAUUUGGUAAAUUUUCAUUUUUUUUUUACCCCUUCCCAUGUUUGUUUAUUUGUAGAAAUGGCAAAAAAAGAUACAUUUGUACUACAUAUUUGAAACAUUUGGACGUUUUCUAUAGCAAGAGAUGUUCUAUCCCUGCAAUUUACAAUUUAAACAAAUACAACCUUCUCUUAAACGGU